AUGGUGAUUCGAUCGACAAGUUUGAGGUCGCAGGCGCCAUCAUCACAGAGCAGACCUGGUUUUGCCAAGACAGAUUCGACAGGCGCAUCUCUCAACUCACCUCGAACACCAACGACCACAAGCUGGCCUUCCCAACACUCGAUCUCAAUGAAACAAACUGCCAAACAGGAUAACAAGCUACCUCCCAUAUCUAUGCUCAAGGAUGGUCAAUGCGCCGGAUCUCAGGGUCAGGUAGAUAUAGGCAGUCUGGCCUCGAUAUUGCAUACUGGACCUAAACUCCGACAUGCCUCACGCCGCUCUUCGGAGUCCCCAUUAGGAGGCGAUCUAGUCUCGCCUACCUCGACUUGGAUGCAGCCUGUCCCCGAAAAGACAUUUGGCAUCCGUGACAUUCUCAACCCUCUGGAGACUCGACUGUUGGCUUCUGGAUGCAAUGGACCUGUCCAUCCAGCGGCUCGUCCUUCUGACCAUACGGUGUCGAUUCAAACGCCCGGCCCCUUCCUUGGGCCAUUCACAGGAGCUCAAUCACUCCAACCAGGCCAGGCUGCAUCAACUUCUUGUACAGGAACACCUCUUAAGUCAAUGACACCUCUUGGAGCACCUGGCUCGGGACGUAAUCCACCAAUAGAAUCGUUUUCUUUGCCCAUAUCAAGCAACACAAUGCAGGAAGCUAGUCCGGCCCAAUAUGAUCGAGCCACAAAUACUAGCCAUGACCCGUUUCGCGUCUCUGAUAGCAAGCAGACUUCCCUAGCUUUUGGUAUCCCAACUGCUAAGCUACCGCUCCCGAGUCACGCCCCCCCGAAUGACAGUGUUCUGCCAUGGUCAGAAACACUACAAAGGCAUGGAGCGGGAGGGCCCCCUUUUGGUGUCGAGGGACAGCACGCUUUCAUGACACUUCCCAGUCGUAACGAGUUUAUUUCCGUUCACGUGGACGUUUCACAUGGAUCAAAGAAAGCAGAUGAGAAGAGGCAAAAAAUGCCCAGGCUUCAACAAGAGCUUCGGGAUGGAAUACGAACAUUGGAAAACAUAAACGACGAACUAACACAGCAACUGGACUUCUACCGUGAAGACUGUAACCGCUUACGAGACAUUGUUGCACAAACCGCAUCAAUGAGUGGCCUUGCUGCUGGCCCUCCAUGUCCCACAAUUUCAAUAAGCAACUUCUAUACAGAGACUGGGCCUGUGGCAAAAGGACCACCCGGGUCUAUAGGAUAUGGCGGUGAAGAAUUAUUGUGCGAAAGCCUAGCCAAGCGCCCUCGGACCCAGUGA